CCCCUCCACUUUGUAAAUAUUCUUCCGUAUCUGCCGAACCUGUUGACUCCGCCUAUCAUCCUAGCGUCACUUAUACCCAACUAUCUACGAAGUAAACCGAAACUUGUAGCCCCACCCACAUCCGGCCGAGUGUGGUCCCGCCCACAUCAGAACAGCGACCCUGACUCGACUAUCUCCGAAGAAAGCCGAAACGUGUGGCCCCGCCCACGCCGGCCCCAGCACUCGGUUCUCGACUAUCUCCGAAGUGAGCGGAAGUUUGUGGCCCCACCUCCAGUGAACUCAAGCUCCCGACUGUGCCCGAAGGAACCCGAACGGAGACCCCGCCUCAUCUCUCACGCUAGGCUCCAGACCCCGCCUCUUUUCCGGAUCCUGUCUUAUCCUCCCCGGGCCCAAGGCUUUUGGCUCCUCCUUGUUCCGAGCCCGAGGCCCCGCCCCUUCACGUACUCGGAACUCGGAGCCCAUUGCAGACCUGGACUCGAGUGCCGCUGCUGGCUCGCGCUCCUGGCGCCCGCUCCCGGGCUUCUUCCCUGCCCGCCCGGGGCCCUGACCGUGGCCUCAUCCCCGGCCCGAUCCGCGGGUCUCGGCGGGCGCCCCGAAGGAGCAGGCGGCGCGGGGGCGCACUGGGCGGGGGAGGCGUGGCCGGAGCCGCGGCGGCUCGCGGGCUGGGACUGCUCGGCCGCCUCCUUCCCGGCGGGCGGCUCAGGUCCUGGGCUGAAGAGAUGGGGGGCAGCUGCUGUGGGCCUGGGGCUCACCCUAUUCACCUGUGGCCCCCACACUUUGCAUUCUCUGAUCACCAUCCUCGGGACCUGGGCCCUCAUUCAGGCCCAGCCCUGCUCCUGCCACGCUCUGGCCCUGGCCUGGACUUUCUCCUAUCUCCUGUUCUUCCGAGCCCUCAGCCUGCUGGGCCUGCCUACUCCCACGCCCUUCACCAAUGCCGUCCAGCUGCUGCUCACGCUGAAGCUGGUGAGCCUGGCCAGUGAAGUCCAGGACCUGCACCUAGCCCAGAGGAAGGAAAUGGCCACGGGCUUCAGCAAGGGGCCCACCCUGGGGCUGCUGCCUGACGUGCCCUCCUUGAUGGAGACGCUCAGCUACAGCUACUGCUACGUGGGAAUCAUGACCGGCCCGUUCUUCCGCUACCGCACCUACCUGGACUGGCUGGAGCAGCCCUUCCCGGGGGCCGUGCCCAGCCUGCGGCCCCUGCUGCGCCGCGCCUGGCCGGCCCCUCUCUUCGGCCUGCUGUUCCUGCUCUCCUCCCACCUCUUCCCGCUGGAGGCCGUGCGCGAGGACGCCUUCUACGCCCGCCCGCUGCCCGCCCGCCUGUUCUACAUGAUCCCCGUCUUCUUCGCCUUCCGCAUGCGCUUCUACGUGGCCUGGAUUGCCGCCGAGUGCGGCUGCAUUGCCGCCGGCUUCGGGGCCUACCCCGUGGCCGCCAAAGCCCGGGCCGGGGGUGGCCCCACCCUCCAAUGCCCACCCCCCAGCAGUCCGGAGAAGGCGGCUUCCCUGGAGUAUGACUAUGAGACCAUCCGCAACAUCGACUGCUAUGGCACGGAUUUCUGCACGCGGGUGCGCGAGGGCAUGCGGUACUGGAACAUGACGGUGCAGUGGUGGCUGGCGCAGUACAUCUACAAGAGCGCACCGACCCGCUCCUAUGUGCUGCGGAGCGCCUGGACCAUGCUGCUGAGUGCCUACUGGCAUGGCCUCCACCCGGGCUACUACCUGAGCUUCCUGACCAUCCCGCUGUGCCUGGCUGCGGAGGGCCGGCUGGAGUCUGCCCUGCGGGGGCGGCUGAGCCCAAGGGGGCAGAAGGCCUGGGACUGGGUGCACUGGUUCCUGAAGAUGCGUGCCUAUGACUACAUGUGCAUGGGCUUCGUGCUCCUCUCAAUGGCAGACACACUUCGGUACUGGGCCUCCAUCUACUUCUGCAUCCACUUCCUGGCCCUGGCUGCCCUGGGGCUGGGGCUGGCAUUGGCUGGGGGCAGCCCCGGCCGGCGGAAGGCAGCCUCCCAGCCCACCAGCCUUGCCCCGGAGAAGCUCCGGGAGGAGUAAGCUUCGAGACGCUCCCUCUGCUAGCGGUUCCCGGGGAUUCUGUGAACCAGGCUGCUGUCUCCUCCCCAGAAGGAGUCCUUACCUUGGCAAGGGUCCUGGAGAGAAUUUCCUCUUCCCCAGCUAAUACCCUGCCUGCCACUGAAGCAGACUUGCCAGUGUCCUCCCUGCCCUCUGCCCAGGGGCCUCCAGUGGCCACUCCCCUCCUACAAAAUCCAAGUCCUGUCCUGAAAAGUCUCCCUUGCCCCUGCUCCGGCUUUGGGAUCUUCAGAGAGCACUGCGCUACCCAAGAACGGAAGGGGCCUCUGGGUGGUGGGUUUGGGCAAAUUCCCUUUCUGCAUCCACAGUGUGGGGUUGGAGCUGGGGCAGCCUCUUCCCUGUGUCUCUCACUCCGCCCUUAGCUCAUCACGCCCAUAUUGCAGACUUGGAAGGAAGCAUAAGCUUCCCAUUUCACAAAAAGGAAACUGAGGCACGGAUACACAGGCCUGGGGCCUGCCACCCCACGGCUUAUGUCUGAGCCACCUUGGGGCCCCAACACUCUUGGCUCCCUCUUCUCAUCCUUUGGCCUGUGACAGGUCACAGUGUGUAAAUCUUUCCCAAUAAAGUUGCACAAAUGCA